AUGGGGCCGUGUCGAGGAAGGUUGUGGUGGCCCGUGGUGGCUCUACUGGCAGCCGCAGCCGUCAGUGUUACCAACGCGCAGGUUAAUGCAGUCAACAGUCUGAAUAAAGCACAAAAUGGGAGAGAAAGCUCAAAGCUGUCUCCUCUUGGACAUCACCAGUUGCAUGAUGACCCUAAUCAUCUCGUUGAAAAUGACAAAACCAGGCUGAACCAAAAGGAAGAAAAUCCUCAUGUCAUCAAUGCUGGCCACCAGCCUUUGACCUUUGUAAAACAUGCUCAUAAGAGAAGGGUAAUCUCUAAAAGGGAAGCGAAAAAACCAAAGAACACAAAGAGAAGAGUGAAGUUCAACAAGAAGGAGUUUGAAAAGAAGCUUCAACAGCAGGAAAAGGAAGAAAAAGAAUCUGGUGUGGCUAAAGAUGAAUCAACAGUGGAUACGUCAGAAGUUCUGUCUUCCUCAAAUUCUUUGAUUCCAGAGUUCUCAGAUCUCUACAUGCCCUGGAAUCUCCCUCCGCGACCGACCAAGUCCAGGAUGCCGAAAAAGUCGGAAGCCAAGUCUCACCCCUCUGAAAUUUCAACUUGUGAAGACCCGACGGAAGAAAUGUAUGACCCGCCAAAACGAUACGAAAAAGAAGUCAUCUUUGAAGACUGAUUUCUACUUAACAAAAUAUUUUGAUACGUUUAAUAACAUAAGUUUUUAAUUACAGUUU